AUCGGAGCCAAUCAUUUGCUAUCAAACGUCACACUCCACCUCACCUCUGCAAGCCUGGUGUCAGUUCUGUGCAGUGCAGUGAUUUUGUUUCGAGAAAUUUUUGGAAUUUUAUUUUAUUUUUAUUUUUGACAAUGCGCGUAUGCGUGGUCGGCGCGGGCGCGGCGGGUUUGUGCGCGGCCCGCCAUCUGCUCUGUGAGCCUGGAGUCACCGUGGACGUGCUGGAACAAUCCGCACAGGUGGGAGGCACCUGGGUGUACACAGAGACGGUGGGAUACGACGACUUCGGGUUACCGAUACACACCAGCAUGUAUAAGAGUUUGAGAACAAAUCUCCCCAAAGAGAUCAUGGGUUUUCCUGACUUCCCGAUCCCGGAGUCGGACAAGUCGUACCUCCCAGCAAAGGACAUGCUCGCCUUCCUCCAGCUGUAUGCCGACAAGCAUGACGUCACGCCGCAUAUCAAAUUCCGUCACCACGUCCAGCUGAUCAUCCCCAAGCCGGUCCCUAGUGGGGAGGUGUGGGAGGUGACGUACAAGAGUCUGGAGACCGGAGUCCUGGAGACCAGGGAAUACGACUACGUGUUCGUCUGCAACGGUCAUUAUAACACGCCGUUCAUACCGAAUAUACCAGGGCUGAAGGAGUUUCAAGGCGACGUGAUGCACAGCCACGACUACCGCGUGCCCGAGGUGUUCGCUGGCAAACGCGUGCUGGUGGUGGGCGCCGGCCCCUCCGGCAUGGACAUCGCGCUGGAGAUUACCGCCGUCACGCCCAGGGUCGUGCUGUCGCAUCAUCUCCAGGAAACCCCCCGGACGGUGUUCCCGGACAACCUGGUGCAGCGGCCCGACGUGGAGAGGCUUGAGGGAGGGCGCGCCUACUUCCGCGAUGGCACAGAAGAGGAGAUCGAUGUCGUGUUCCUGUGCACUGGUUACCUGUACAACUUCCCGUUCCUGCACCCAUCCUGCGGGAUCUCCGUCCAGGACAACUGCGUGGAGCCGCUGUACAAGCACCUCGUGAACAUCCGACACCCCACCAUGUGCUUCAUCGGCGUGCCAUACUACGUCUGCGCGUUCGCCAUGUUCGACCUCCAGGUGCGAUACUACGUGCGAUCCAUGAACGGAACUUUCAAGCUGCCGAGUGAAGUGGAAAUGAUAGAACAUUGGGAGAGCGAGAAGCAGGAACGAGCGGCGCGCGGCUAUUCGCGGCGACAGGCGCACAUGAUGGGACCUGACCAGGAGCGUUACUACGCGUCCCUGGCAUCCGAAGCCAACACCAAGAACCUCCCGUCAGUGAUCACCAAGAUCCGUGAAGAGAGCUCCAUCAGGUUCCUCCACAACCUGCAGCAUUACAGACAGGACAAGUACAAGAUCAUAGACGAUGAUACCUACGAGAUAAUAAGUAAUGGCAAACGGGAGAUACUUUGUUGACCGUACUAGGAGAACAUGAUAGGAUAGGUAGUUUAUUUAGAUUAAGGUUAUUCAGGGUAAGGGACACAGGGUAAGAUGGUCGCUUUGGAGAAUCAUAUUAUAGUUCUUUUUUUUUUAUCGCAAAAU